CCAGGGCAUGCCCCAGUUCACUUUUGCCUGCUUCUGUGGCCUCCACGGCUUCUGCAAGAUGAAGAGGAAGAAGGAGGAAGUUCACAGAGAGCGGGAAACGGCCGUGUGAGCUGGACCGGGGCCCCUUCUGCAGCCUCCAGCAGGUUCCAGGCCUGAGGGCGCGCCCACCUCUGGAAGGACCCUCCUGGCCGAGAAGCCUCGGAGCA